AAUGAAGGAAAUAGAGAAGAUGUAUUUUUCUCACUACUACCUAGAAGACGAGUCCUAAUAAGCAGACGAUGAGAAAUCAAGAAUGUCGGCAACAGCGAAACAACCGAGGUCCAGUUGCGACGAGGAGAGAGAGAGAGAGAAAGCGAGCGAUCGGCCCCCUUCAACAUCGGUCAUUCAACACUCCAGUCAAGUGAGAUAAGGAGAUAAUUGAAUUCAGUCUAUUUCUUUUUCUUUUGUCUUCAUUCUUUCUUCAUCCCUUUCUCUCUGCUCGGACUUUUGUCACAAUGGCCACCUCCAACCGUCAGUUAAUCUACGCCAACACGCCCUCCCCGGCCAUUGACCCAUCCCUCACCAACGGCACCUUCAAGCUCAACACGGUGCCUAUCCCCGACCAUGUCCCCGACGACAAGGUGCUGGUGCGCGUGCACUACCUCUCCCUCGACCCGGCCAUGCGCCAAUGGCUGACCGCCAAACGAUCGUACAUCGCGCCCGUCGAGCGCGGCCACGUCAUGCGCGGCCAGAGUAUCGCCCAGGUGCUCCGGGUCGGCAGCGCGCUACAAUCCCAGUACCAGGCGGGCGACUGGGUGGUCGCGUACUCGGGCUGGCAGGAAUACGCCCUGCUGGGGGCCAAGGAGGCGCAGAAGGUCACCGUGCCGCCCGGGUGCCAGCCCACCGAUGCCAUGUCGGUGCUCGGGAUGACCGGGUUGACCGCCUACUUUGGCAUGAUGGAGGUCGGGAAGCCCAAGGCCGGCGAGACGGUGGUGGUCUCCGGGGCGGCCGGUGCGACGGGCAUGGUGGCCGGUCAGAUUGCGCGGGUGCAGGGCGCGAAGAGAGUCGUGGGGUUGGCGGGCAGUGCGGAUAAGUGUGAGUUUCUCCGCAAGGAGCUGGGCUUCGACGCGGCGAUCAACUAUAAGGAUGCGGACUGGAAGAAGCAGCUCAAGGAGGCGACCCCCGAGUACAUCGAUGUCUUCUUUGACAAUGUCGGAGGUGAGAUCCUCGAUGCCUGUCUGGCUCGCGCGGCGCGGGACGCUCGAUUCGCCAUCUGCGGUGCGAUCAGUCAGUAUAACGCGGCGAAGCCGCAGGGACCGGCGAGCUUCAUGACCGUGAUUUCGCAACGAGUGACGAUGAAGGGCUUCAUCGUCUUUGACUACGCGAAGAAAUACCAGGCUGCGCUGAACGACCUCGCUACGUGGCUGACGCAGGGCAAGAUCAAGCGCAAGGAGCACAUCGUCCCGGGAGGACUGGAGUCGGCGCCGAAGAGUCUGGUCAACCUCUACGCCGGAGUCAACACGGGCAAGAUGAUGGUCGAGGUGGCUCCGGUGAGCGAGGCGAUUGCAGUCAAGGCGAAAUUGUAGACGGCCGGUCUGUUGCAACGUGUCUGGACUUGUGUUGGCUCUUCCUUGUGUUAUUUGUUUGCAAUUCAUUGAUUAUAUAUAACAUGUAGAUAUAAGAUUGGAAAUAUACAUGAGUUUUAAAUCAGGGUGGCUGGCAGAUGAUGGUAUAUGGUGUCAGACCGGCAGCAUAGCAACCUGC